CAGCCAAGCAGCAAAAAACCUCUUUAACACUUGAAAAAAAAGUUGGAAAUUACAAAUACGGUGGCGUCUGGUGAAGGUAACACAGCUCUGGGAUGCUACUUCGGCCUGGGUGAGUCCACAAUCAGUAACAUAAAGAAAAACGCUGAGAAAAUAAAAAGUGCAGUGAUUGAUUCAUCACAAGUGUCUUCAAAGAUUGUUACCAUGGUCACAGGCUUCACAACUUAGCUGUGCAAGCUAGUGCUGACCACGAAGCUGCUGAACACUACCCUGUGCAAGCUAUGGCAGCUGAGUCAGACAUCACACCAAAGCAGGUGUUUAAUGCAGAUGAGACCGGUUUUUUUUGAAAGCGUAUGCCAAAACGCACUCACAUAAGUAAGGAUGAAAAGACUGCAUCAGGUUUCAAGGAAGCAAAGGACAGAUUGACUUUGCUUAUGUGUUCCAAUGCCAAAGCAGACUGUAAGAUGAAGCCUCUCUUAGUUUACUGCUCACUAAACCCCCGUGCUCUUACAGGUUUGAGUAAGAAUAUGCUUCCUGUCCACUGGGCAGCCAACAAGAAAGCAUGGGUCACUGGUCAGAUCUUUGAAGAUUGAUUUGCUAAUCAUUUUGCUGUUGAGGCCAAACGCUACUGCCGGGAACAGAAUCUUGCCUUUAAAGUUCUUUUGUUGCUUGACAAUGCUUGACAUCCUAAACAUUUGGACAGCAUUCAUCCUAACAUAACAGUGCGUUUCCUGCCGCCUAACACAACAUCACUGAUUCAACCACUUGACCAAGUUGUGAUAUCCACAUUCAAGGCAUAUUUUUUUUACAACAAACUAUCUCUUAGAUGCUGCAAGCAACAGAUGAUUUUGAAAAUCCAGGGAGCUUACCAACGGUGAGGGAAUGGUGGAAAUCCUUCAACAUCAGACAUGCCAUCAACAACAUUGAUGAAUCCUGGGAAGAGGUCAUGUCUUCUGCUCUCAAUGGAGCGUGGAAAUCAAUUUGGGUGGAGUGUGUGCACACCCUCAAUGGGUUUCCUGCCUUCACUGCAGCUUUCCAGGAUUGUGUGGCUCUCAGCCUUAAAAUUGGUGGGGAAGGAUUCUCAGAUCUUGAGACUGCUGAUGUGGUAGAACUCCUGGAUUCUCAUGGUGAAGAAUUAAGUGUGGAUGACCUUCCGCAUUUAACUCGGACCGAAAGUGAUAGUGAUGAAGAGGAAAGUGUCGAGUUGCAGGUGAAGGAUUUUACGGUGAAGCAACUGGCAACGUUUUUUAAGGCUGCAGAACACUUGGCACAAAUGGUGAUGGACACGGACCCAAGUUUAGAACGGAGUCAGCAUUUCAGUCGUUCCCUGCCGUCGAGCCUUCUUCCCUUCAAGCAAACUUAUGCUGAAAAACAAAAUGCUGCCAAGAAAACAACCCUCAUCACUUCCUUCAAACCGGUGUCAUCUCCUGCUGCCAGCAGUACUGAGCAUUCUGUGAGUCUUCCUUCACCCCUUGCUGUCCUUGAUAUGAUCCUGACGACCCACAACCAUCCACCUCAUCCACGUAAAGCUGCCCGGGACCACAACAACCACUCAUCUCCCGGAGCCAACACACCUGCCACUGUUGGGUUCUUUUGAAGACCCUGACCUGGAGUUACAUGCUGUCGCGGAACUGGAACCUGCUCUCAGGGACCCGCGACCGGCCGCUUUUCGAUAUGCCAAGGACACGGCCUGGAAUACUAGCGUGCCUUCAGAGUGCUGGAUUUUCCUGGCUCUGGAGGCGGGCGGAUUCGAGAUCGGUGCAGUUGCCUGAUGGGUAGCGAGAGUACACAGGAGAUUGAAGGAAGCAAGCUGGUUGUAUGCCCAGAGACCUGAGUUCUUUGGGCACAGAGCUUGGAAAAAGCAAUGGAACAACUUUUAACUCCAUAGAUCAGUGAGCUAUUUCUUAUGUUCUUAAGAGUUGUUUUGUUAUGUCCUCCCUUUUGCUAUGAAAAAGGGACACCACUUUUUCCCUUAUUAGGGAGAGAGAUCAAGCCUAUGGUAUGUUGAAUUACUGGGUGAACGAGUAUUCUUUGGGGAACCGCAAGUCUGUGUCUUUGCUGUAGUUUUGCUGCGCGCUUGAGUGCUCGGUGAAAUGCACAGAUGCUUUUUUGCUGCUGGAGGAGGGGUGUCAUCACUUUGCUGUUGUUUAUGCGUGGGAGGGGGAGCUGGGGGUGCUUUGGGGUCUAACAUUUAACCGUCAUUCAUUAG